CUCCACCCCGCCAUCCCUCCUCACAGCAGUGCGUAACACUACCGGUACUGAGCAAGCAGCAGAGACACCGGACGAAGCCAUCUCCAACGUCGCAUCCCAAGUCGGUUAUCUAGUAUUGAACCUUUGCCGUCACUUCUCUACACUUUAGCAUCACGCAAACAACCUAUAUUAGCCACCGUACUCAGCCCAUCGACUCGAACGAACCGACCUUGCAAACUUCACCAAUAGCUAGCCACCUGCAAACCGCAAACAUGGCUGAAGUCGUCUUCGCAAGACAGUUCCUGGCGAUCUUGGAGUUGCGCUCAGCCAAGCUGUCGGCCGACCAUGUGGAAGACCCCAAGAGCUUCCCUGCUCGCCCUCCCUACAUUCUGCCCAAGAUGCCCAAGCCCAUGAGCAAGCCCAUGAGCCUCGCGCCGGGCCAGGAACGCAGCAUUAACGUCGUACUCAAGUCCCUGCGAAACCCACCCCUGGACAUCAAGCUGUCCUCCCAGAGCCUGAACACCUCGAUCCUCGACAUCAAGACGGCGGUCGAGGCGCAGUCGCGGAUACCUGUGGACAAGGUGAAGCUUUUGUACAACAAGAAGCCUGUGCCGGAUAGCAAGGUGUUGAAGGAUUUGCUCACGGAUGACCAGUCGUCGCUGGAGUUCUCUGUUAUGGUCAUUGGCGGAGCUGCGGCAGUCAAGCCCGAGCCUGCUCCCGUUGGGGUCGGCUCUGGUCAGCAGGAAGACAUUGGUGAGGCUGCGCUGGAUACACCGGAAUUCUGGAAUGAUCUGAAGGGCUUCUUGAUGCAAAGGCUCAAGCACGAGCAGAAGGCGGAGGAGCUGUCGGCGCAGUGGCGCUCGACCUGGCAGGCACAGAAGAAGUCAUGACGUAGCAAUCAUCACUGAGGACGGGACUCAAACAUAAAUAA